UUAGGGCAUGACUCACUGCUUCUCCGCUUCUCCGUUUGCCCACUCUGCUAAGAGGAGGCAUUUGGACACCUCAGUAUAAGUUGGACUCCGGGACAAGCAAAGUCGCUCACAGACAUCAAUAAAUCUUAUCUUCCUCUGAAAAGUCACAGGCUACUCUGAGGUCAACAUGUCCCAACUGGAGAAAGCCAUUAUAAGCAUGGUGGAGGUGUUUGACGAGUAUGCUAGAAAGGACGAUAAGAAGAACCAGCUUAGCAGUGCAGAGAUGGCCAAGCUGAUGAACAAAGAGCUGGCUGGCCCAGAGUUCAAUGGAAAGGUGGACCAAAAGGUGAUAGAUGAGGCCCUUGAAAAGCUGGAUAAGAACCAUGAUGGGGAGACCAACUUCAGAGAGUUCUCCAUGUUCCUAGCCACCCUGGCCAGGGGCUACUACAGGGCCACUAAAACGGGCAAAGGCAACAAGAGCAAGUCUGCCAAGCCUGAAUGAAUGAACAGAUACACACAUUUCACUCUUACUGUCACUGGUUUGGCUUUGAUGAAAUAUAAGUGUUGUUAUACUGCUGGGUUUUAUUAGUGUGAUGAUUCCAUACAAUCCAGAAAUCCUAGAGAUAAAUUAUUUCAGAAAAUAUUCUAAGGGAAAAGCUAAUUAUAACCAUUCAAAUUUAGCAUGCAACACAAUAUUUACAGCUACACUGAACAGAGUACUUUUCUGGACAAUGUCAAAAUAUUGCUCUAAAUGAGUCUGCCUGUUUGUUACAAUACUGCUGUGGUUAAGAAUAAAGAUUACAUUACAGCAUUACAAGUUA